CUCAAAUUCGUAACACGUAAAAUGACGGAUAUAUAUUUCCCUGAUCUCCCUAAUAAGAAGUUACCGUUUUCCUACCACGAAACGGUCGCAUAACUCAAUAGACUUUUAGUUGUAUUAUAAGAAAAUGGCAUUAGUUACAGAAACGGGCGUUAAUGUUUCAGAUGAAGGAAUUACUGUUGUUCUUGGAAGCCAAUGGGGUGACGAAGGUAAAGGAAAGCUUGUUGAUAUUCUCUGCGACAGUGUAGAUGUGUGUGCUCGCUGCCAGGGUGGUAACAAUGCUGGACAUACCAUUAAAGUCAACGACCAAACCUAUGACUUCCAUAUUCUUCCUUCCGGACUCGUAAACCCCAAAUGUGUAAACUUAAUAGGCACUGGUGUCGUCGUCUACCUGCCUGCCUUUUUCGAUGAAUUAGAAGAUUUGGAAAAAAAGGGACUUGAUAGCACAAAUCGUAUCUUUAUGUCAGAUCGCGCUCAGCUUGUCUUUGACUUCCACCAGCGUGCGGAUGCUUUGAAUGAAGCUGAGUUGGGCAAACAAAGUAUUGGUACUACUGGAAAAGGUAUUGGUCCCGCUUAUUCCACAAAGGCAACUCGCAGCGGCAUCCGUGUUCACCACUUAUACCAUUGGGACGAGUUUGAAGCUCGCUACCGUAAGAACGUCUCUGAUUUAAAAAAACGUUAUGGUGCUUUUGAGUAUGACAUUGAAGGCGAAUUAGCCAGGUAUAAGGAAUUGGCUGAAAAGCUUAAGCCUUAUGUUGUUGACUCUGUUACCUUUAUGCACAAUGCCUUAAAGCAAAGAAAGCGAAUUUUAGUCGAAGGUGCCAAUGCUUUGAUGCUCGACCUGGAUUUUGGUACUUAUCCUUUCGUGACUAGCUCCAACACCACCGUUGGCGGUGUCUGCACUGGCCUUGGUGUCCCACCUCAACGUGUUGCUAGUUCCAUCGGUGUAACGAAAGCUUAUACCACUCGUGUUGGCGCUGGCCCUUUCCCCACUGAGCAACUAAACGAGAUCGGCGAACAUUUACAAUCUGUUGGUCGUGAAUAUGGUGUCACUACAGGUCGUAAGCGUCGUUGCGGCUGGCUUGAUUUGGUGGUUGUAAAAUACUCCGCCAUGAUCAAUGGCUAUACAUCUCUGAACUUAACAAAGCUUGAUAUUUUGGAUGCUUUGCCUGAAGUCAAGAUUGCUGUUGCAUACGUAAUCGAUGGAAAGCGUUAUGAGACUUUCCCUGCUGACUUGUCUUCUCUCGAAAACGCUGAGAUUAUAUAUGAGACUUUGCCUGGUUGGCAAACCUCUACUGUCGGUAUUACCCGCUGGGACCAAAUGCCUGAAAAUGCAAAAAAAUACAUUCAAUUUAUAGAAGAUUUCAUCGGUGUUCCCAUCGGCUUUAUCGGCGUUGGCCCUGGUAGAAACGAAAUGCUCAUUAAAGAGUAAAGUUUUAUUUAAGUCGCAUCCGCUCUCUCAUUUGAAGUCUUUUUAUCUGUAAUUGAGAAAUCAAUUAUUUACGCUCAUAUAAGAUGUUUGUCUAUCACGGAAGUGAACAAGCGGUUUUAUUUGCCGUAUAAAAAAAUUUAUGAAUUUCAUCAAAUUUUGGAAAUUAGAUACUACUAAUGAAAUGAUAAUAGUUCAAUCCAAA